AUGGGCUGGCUUGACGGCGACUCCAUUGCCAAUGCGAUACCUUACCUGGAGAGACGGGGCGACGAAUAUGAAGUUGACUUGGAUGAUCUCUAUCCUGCAUGCGGGUCAGUCCAGGAGCUGUACGAGUACUAUGCGGCAAUGCAGCAGCAAAAGGGAUCCAAGCGCGAUGUAGCCAAUCGCAUACUGGAAGGGGACUGGAGACAUGGGCUAUCGUUGUAUCAGCUCGCAAUGGUCGAUUUCUACCAUCUAGAAGAACACCCCAUGUCUCAAAAAUGGACAGCCUAUAAGAUCCUGCCGCUGAAGCCUCCAACGCAAGGUGCCGAUGACGAGGUCCUUCAGGUCGACGAUAAAGCGUUGAAUGUUCCUCGCUUCCACCCAUCAACGUUUUUACAAAGCCUCCAAGACCAAGUCUUGCCAGAUAUCAAGGCGCACUAUCAUUUUCAUCGACCCAAAGAUCUCCCAGUCUUGCUGCUGCGCAUCUUCGUUAUCGAAUCCCCGUAUAACAGCAGCCUGGCUCUAUCUAAUGCUACCAAUUUUACCUCGUCUCGGACGGUGUAUCUCGCGUUCCCCGAUGGUUCAUCCCACAUCUAUAUUACUAAAUCUCAAUCCAACGGUCCGGCUGCUGCGGGUGAAUCGAGGAGCCUUCAGAACUUGAUUGUCCAUGGAGUACCCAAAGCACUAUCUCGACCAAGAGAACGAUAUACUCUUAUUCCAACAAGUCUGACAAGCAGAAACUUGGAAACACUGUUGGAUAAAAGAGGGCCUGGGCGAGGAAAUGCCGCUGGAGGCGGUUGGAGCGUUUACGCCUCCGAUAAAAACAAGAAAUCUCCGCUUGACGCCAUCCUCCCCAGCCCUCCGCUCUCAAGAGAGCCCUCCCUCACUGAUCAGAAUCGAAAGAGGUUGAAACCGCUAGACCAAAAUCAACGCGCUGCCAAAAGAGCUAGGCUAAUUGCCAAAGCGCGAUUCGGUGACUCUGGCCUCGUCGCCGAUGGAAAAGGUAUCGAAAAGGUUGACAUCUUACUCAAAGACCCUUUCCCUACAGCCACCGCCGCCGCAGAAGCCCAAGGACACGACGAAGAGCAGACCAUUACUCCUGGAGAGCCUUCAACUUCAGCUCGGAGAAGAACAAUUGACGCUGCGCUUCGCCAAGCUGCUGAUGGUGAUGAAGAGCUGAGUGAGCCGGAGAACCCUUCACAGUGGCGGCCAACAGUCCAAAUUACAUUUCAGGGGAAUCACGUCUUUGCCGGUAUUCGACAGCUUGUUGAAGCCGGCAUUGUGGACGGCGAGCGUAUGCCCGGUUGGAUGACAGGUGAAGAUGGCGUUACUGUAGGCGUCGUAAGGCAAGGACGAAUACGGGGUAACAAGGGCUCGGGAUUAUGAAGUGGUCUCUAAUGUUCUUGUCUUUUUUUUUUGGAUGUACUGUAUACUGCUCUUUCUAUGCGCUUGAUACCCAUUACGAUGAACCAUGACAAGUCUAGUUUCUUUCACCAAGUCCAAAAACGCUUACUGUGUUUUUCCAAGACGCCUCGCAAAGCUCUUCGAUGGUUACCCCUUUAACGGCGGCAACG